GAGUCGUAUGCGUCGGCAUUGAUUCCCUAAAACUUCAAAACGGCACAGUCUAAGGCGGGGCCAGAAAACCAAGCUCUAGGGUCUUUACAUGCUCCCAUAACUUCGGGACUGCUAUCGUUUCCUAAAUCGGUCUAAUGCUGCCGAGUUGACUAUGUACUUUGGCGCUCGCCGCGGUCAAGUAGAGGUGAACCGGAUAAGACAGCUUGGUCUUCGAACAUACUAUUCACGUGGGCUCUCAUGCCCAAACCAUAACGUAAAGGCUUUCUCAGAGUUUCGCGGGGCCCCAAGAUAUCUUUACCCUAGUCUGCAGAAGGACUACCCGAGGAAAGAAUCCACAGAUUAUCUAAACCGCCGCCAUGAUAAGCAGAGGAAAGCUGAUGCUCGGUAUCAGACUUCGCGAUAUGGCUGGGGUAUAUACAUAUAUAUCUACCUUGUAUAUAUAUCUAGUGAAAGGUCGUGAGCAUGUCUACUAAGAACCUCCAUUUCACUUCAGUAUUCAGUAUACCAGACUUGUUAUACUCGUACGAAUAGUAAUAACAGUCGAGACAGCGUCAAGUCAUGUCUAAAUUCGAUGCUGCACCUCCCAAUACCCACGCCGGUGGGGACGAUGAUGCACUUCGAGGACAGGGUUCACUCCCGAUGAACCCGACGAACGAUGCUGACGAGAGGGUCGAUAUGGACGCCUACAGGAAAGCAGUUCCGUUAUGGAAGCGAAUCCAUCAGCACAGCUUGACACAGAUGCUUCUGCUCAGCGUGCAAGCGUUCUGCGGUCCAGCAAUGGCAGACGCCAUCGCGGGUCUCGGUGGCGGUGGUCUAGCAACUCCCCAGACGUCUAACGUAGCCACGGCGAUUAACUAUGCAAUGCUCGCUACCGUCUGUAUGUUUGGCGGUCCCAUCGUCAAUAAGCUCGGAACAAAGUGGGCGUUGGUUAUUGGCGCCAUGUCAUUUCCUAUCCGCGGAUCAUCGUAUUACUGCAACAGCAAGUUCGGGAAUCAAUGGUACCUAAUUUUCGGCGGCUUCUUUACCGGCAUUGGCAGCGGUUGCUGGUACGUCGCAGAGUCGGGAUCCAUCAUGUCACUGGCACCAUCCGGUGCUCGUGGUAAAUACCUAGCAUUGUGGAUUGUCGCCAGAAACCUCGGACAGCUAGUCGGAGGUGCUAUAAACUUGUCCAAGAACCACGUGAAAGGAACAGUUGGCGGAGUUACUCCUGACACUUAUAUCGCUUUCUUAAUCAUUGAAAGUCUAGCGCUGCCGUUCGCGUUCUUAAUCUCGCCUCUCGAGAGGGUCGUGCGGUCCGACGGCACGCGCAUUCUAGUCUCGGAGAAGCUCACGUUCAAGCAAGAAUCUAAGCUCAUCAAGUUCACUAUGACCUCGAAGCUUAUCCUACUUUCAUCUUUAUGGGCAGUCUGGUCGUUCUUCUACAGUGGUACAUGGUCUACUUAUCUUGGUACCUAUUUUUCCGUCCGCUCUCGCGCUUUAUCUUCACUCGUCUCUCCGUUCUUCUGCAUCGUCGGAUGCUUCGGUCUUGGCUUUAUCCUCGACAUGAAGUCUCUCAGCCAACGUCGUAGGGCGCAAGUAGGCCUAUUUACCGUCGUUAUCCUCAACCUAGGCGUGUACAUCUGGUCUAUUGUCAUGCAAGCCAGAUUUAACACUACAAACCCCGGUAAGAUCGACUGGGAUGAGUCGAUCUACGCCUCAUCUUUCUUACCAUACUUCUUCGUCCAAACCACGGGUCCACUGUCGCAGUCGUAUAUGUAUUGGCUCCUAUCAUCAUUUGCGACAGAUGCUCAAUCCAAUGUUCGUAACGGCGCAGCUUUCCGGUGUUUAGAAGCUGUCGGCCAAGCUAUUUCGUACGGCAUGAAUACGCAAAUCGAAGCCAACCCCCUGAUCGGAUUCUGUGUGACCUUCGCUCUUAUGGCAGCUGCUGUAGGUCCAAUGCUAGUUCUAGUCAAUGCUACGCCAGAUCGCAUUCCGGCCGACGUGAUACUCGAAACACAAGAGGCGCAGAAGGAGGAAAAGCUCCAAGGGCUUAAGACCGAGGCAUAGGGCGCUUAAGUACGGGGCAACUAUAGAAGCUGAUUAUUAGCGGAAUGUAACGUCUACGACUUAUAUAGUAUAAGAAGAGAGUAUAA